AGUACAGAAAGGAGAAAACGAUUUGCAGUUGUGUGAAAAUAGAGUUGAAAAAUUGGAAUCUGAGAACAAUUCGCAAAAAAAAAUUAUUGAAAAUUUAACUUCAAUUUCCAAACUUUUCGAGAAUUAUGAUAAAUGUAAAGAAGAAUUAGCGAGUGAAUCCAAUAAAUUAGUAUUAUGUGAGAUUGAAUUAAAAAAGCUCAAUUGUAGUCUUCUUGAAAAGGAUACACAUAUCUCUGAAUAUACUGCAAAAAUCCAAAAUGUAAUGGAAUAUCAGGAAAAAAUUCAGUUGCAAUUGGAGGAGAGUCAAAGCAAGUUACAAAAGAAAGAUAAGAAUAAUGAAAUUUGUAAUGCAGAAGUUGAUAAACUAGUAAGAUUUGUGAACGCAUCUAGUUGCAUUCCGUUUGCAGAAUCUCCUGUUAUUCAUAAGAUACAAGUUUCUGGAGUUGAUUUCUUUGAUGUUUUAUGCGAUAGUCAGUUAGCUGGGCCCGGAUGGAUUGUUAUACAACAGCAAGUUGGUGGAAAGGAUAGAUUCAAUAGGGAUUGGGCCACCUACCGCAAAGGCUUCGGUUUCAUUGACAGCGAUUUUUUCCUCGUUUUGGAGAAGAUCUAUCGUCUGACGAACUCUCGACGACACGAGCUUUAUGUGCAUUUGGUGGCACUUAAUGGCACUAUAUACUAUGCUCGUUACGACGGCUUUAAAAUAUCCGAUGAAAAUAAUGGAUACGCACUGAGUUUGGGUGGAUUUAUGGGAAAUGUUUCUGAGGCGAUGCGAAUCAUUGAAAAUCUAAAAUUCACAACAUUCGAUCGCUACGACGAUAAAAGAUGCGCGGAUCAUUACAAAGGUGACUGGUGGUACAAGAGCUGUUAUAAUUGUAACUUAAAUGCUGUCUAUGGAACAAACUUUAAUUGGUAUUUGGACGUCAAAGUUGAACUUAAAGAGGCUAAGAUGCUCAUUCGACCCAAGGAAUAAGAGAAUAAGUAAAAAAAAGAAAUUUGAUUUUGUUCUAAUGGAUUAAAUAAAUGAAUACUCAAAUAUAGAA